AUGGAUCGUACCGUGUUGUUGUGGUAUCCGAAAGAGUUCACGUCAAAAGAUCGCAAAUCUCUGCGUAUCAACAUAGAAUUUGAUCAUGCAACUUUGAUACGUUGGUCGCCGGAUGGAAAGGCAUUCAUUAUUCACAAAGCUGUGGCUAAUGUCGUCGAGGUGUAUAAAAUCACCAAGAAAUCUGAUGGCCACUUAGGCUCUGCUACCAAAGUGCUGGAGUUUCCGCGGCGUCACACCGAGGAUGUCGUCGGAAUGGAUAUCGCGUGCACCGGGAAAUACAUCAUCACGUGCAGCAAAGUAAACGAUCUUAUUAUAUGGGACUUGAAAGGACAACCGUUGGCGACUCUAGAGAUGCAUCUCGGAUCUACUCAUCGCGCACGCAUAUCACCUUGCGGUCGAUUCGUUGCUGCCUCUGGCUUUACACCGGACGUGAACGUAUGGGAAGUGGUGUUCAGCAAAUCCGGAGAGUUCAAACAAGUGGCCAAGGCGUUUGACCUUGCCGGGCACACGUCCGGAGUUCACGACUUUGGUUUCAGCGCCUGCACCAGUCACAUGGCCACCGUGUCCAAGGAUGGAACGUAUCGAUUCUAUGACACGAAAAUCGAAUUUGACAAAGGAGAAGACCCGCAUGUUCUAAUGACCGGUACCUGGUCCAACACGACACCGGCAAGCCUUGCUUUAUCUCCGAAUGCGGAGGUUUUAGUGAUCGCGCAUGGGUCAUCUAUAUCUUUAUAUUCCACUAUCACGGGCGUUUUGGAUAGUACCAUAGAAGACAUCUUUCUUGGACCCAUUACAUGUUUGGCCUUCGACACUGUGGGAAAAUAUCUAUUAGUUGCGGGUAAUAAGCACAUAAAAAUUUUCCACAACAUUCCUGGAUACCGAACGGCGAUAGAGUCUGCUAAACGCAAAUUGCAGCAAAGGCAGACGCAAGCAACAAAAGAGCGUCUGGAAAGGAUAAUUCAGGAUAACAAGGAGCUGCUUAUAAAAAUGGGAGAGAAAUAUCCAGAAUGA